AUGACAGGUGGUCUUCAGCACACCGGAGAACCGAUUGCCAUCGUGGGAAGUGCCUGCCGCUUUCCUGGUGAUGCAACAACACCCUCGAAACUUUGGGACUUGCUCAGAUCACCACGAGAUGUCCUUAGCGAGAUUCCAGAAAGCCGUUUUAGCACCAAAGCAUUUUACCACCCCGAUGGCCUUCACCAUGGCACAACGAAUGUUCGACAUUCCUAUUUGUUGUCCGACGAUCAUCGACUGUUUGACGCCCAAUUUUUUGGAACCAAGCCAGUGGAAGCAAACUCGAUUGAUCCGCAACAAAGGCUCUUGCUUGAGACUGUUUACGAGGGACUCGAAACAUCUGGCAUUCCCAUGGAAAAGCUACAAGGGUCCAACACCGGCGUAUAUGUUGGUUUGAUGACCAAUGACUAUGCGGAUAUGUUGGGUCGGGAUGUGCAGAACUUCCCAACUUAUUUUGCGUCGGGAACUGCUCGAAGCAUUCUAUCCAAUCGAGUGUCCUACUUUUUCGACUGGCGGGGACCUUCCAUGACCAUCGACACGGCAUGUUCUUCUAGUCUGAUUGCCCUUCACCAGGCCGUACAGAGCCUGCGAAGUGGCGAGACUGAUGUUGCGGUAGCAGCAGGAACCAACCUUCUGCUUGGACCGGAGCAAUAUAUCGCAGAGAGCAAGCUGAAGAUGCUCUCCCCGACGGGCCGCUCGCGCAUGUGGGAUAAAGAUGCAGAUGGAUAUGCACGCGGUGACGGAAUUGCUGCCAUAAUACUCAAACCAUUAAGUGCAGCAUUGGCGAAUGGAGAUCACAUCGAAUGCAUCGUUCGAGAGACAGGUGCCAAUCAAGACGGUCGUACCAAAGGAAUCACGAUGCCCAACCCUAUGGCUCAAGCAGACCUUAUUCGGACUACGUAUGCCCGAGCUGGACUAGAUCUUUCCAACCCCACCGACCGGCCACAAUAUUUCGAAGCUCACGGUACCGGAACUCCUGCAGGUGACCCAGUCGAGGCGGAGGCCAUCAGUACUGCAUUCUUUGGACAAGCAGCCAAGUAUCAGCGCGAUAGUAACCGAGAGCACCCCUUGUAUGUUGGGUCAAUUAAAACAGUGAUCGGGCACACUGAGGGCACGGCUGGAUUAGCAGCGGUCCUCAAGGCAUCACUUGCUUUACAACAUGCUGUCAUCCCACCAAACCUAUUGCUCAAUGAGUUGAGUUCCACGGUACUUCCCUUCUACAACGACCUUGAAAUCCUUCAAGUUGCGAAAGAAUGGCCGCAGCUUUCAGAGAACACCCCUCGUCGUGCUAGUGUCAACAGCUUUGGCUUUGGCGGCGCAAAUGCGCAUGCAAUUUUGGAAGAAUUCGAUACGCGCCCGCUUGCCUGUGGUCAGAACGCUGCAGAUGACAGCUCCGGAGCAGUGUUACCAUUCAAUUUCUCUGCCUCCUCCGAAAAGUCGCUUCUCACCAACAUUGCAGCAUACUCGGCGUAUUUGCGAAAUAAUUCGGAUGUCAAUAUCCGUGAUUUGUCAUGGACAUUGAACUGCCGACGUUCCACUCUGCCAGUACGUUUGUCGGUGUCUGCAUCAAGCCUAGGAGAGCUUGCUGCAGGGCUGGAUGAAGCAGUACUGUCCUUGGCAAUAACACCAAGCACGCAAACAGGAAGUAUCCUCGAACCGAAACUCCUUUGGGUGUUUACGGGCCAAGGAGCACAGUGGGCAAGGAUGGGUGCUGAACUGCUCGAAAGCUCGCCAAUGGUCAGUGAUUGUAUCGCCCGACUCGAUCGGUCUUUGCGGGAUUUACCCACUGAGCAUCGCCCUGUUUGGUCGCUGAGGGGGGAGCUUGUGAAAGAUAAGUUUUCAUCCCGUAUUGGGGAGGCGGCGUUUUCGCAACCUCUCUGUACCGCGAUUCAAAUUGCGUUGGUUCAGCUUCUCCGAGCAGCCAAUGUGAAACCCACUGCUGUCGUUGGCCAUUCGUCUGGGGAGAUUGCCGCAGCGUAUGCCGCGGGGUAUCUCAACGAAGAGGAUGCUAUCCGCAUUGCCUAUUACCGCGGAUGGUCUCUUCAGUAUACAACUUCCCAGGGAGGACAGAUAGGGGCAAUGAUGGCCGCGGGAACAUCAUUUGAGGAUGCAAAGGAGCUUUGCGAGAUGCCGUCCCUCGAGAACAGAAUUUGCGUGGCAGCUAGCAACUCCUCCGCCAGCGUCACACUUUCCGGGGACGCCGAUGCGAUCGAUGAGGCUAGAGAAAUUCUUGAAGAUGAGAAAAAAUUUGCUCGCUUGUUGAAAGUGGACAAAGCUUAUCACUCACAUCACAUGCUUUCCUGCGCAGCUCCUUAUAUCGCAGCGAUCCGCACGUGCGGCAUAACAGUUCAGCGUCCACCGAGUGGCAGUGCUACCUGGAUUUCUAGUGUGUAUGGGGAAAACAUUGACAGCGUGGAUGAGAAUCUUGCCGACACGUACUGGAGCAAUAACAUGGUCAAGCCCGUACUAUUCUCCCAGGCUGUCACUUAUGCCGUUGGUGCAGCUGGGCCAUUCGACAUGGCUUUGGAGAUUGGUCCUCACCCAGCACUGAAAGGACCUUCAAUGCAGACGAUCCAAGAAGUGUCUGGCCAGACAUUGCCUUACACCGGGACCCUAAAUCGUGGAAAAAAGGACAGCGAGGCUUUCUCAUCCGCCCUAGGCGCCCUAUGGAUUGCCUUGGGUGAGGGUGUCGUGGACUUCGCAGGGUUUGAGAUGAAAGCAAUGCAAAAUCAAAACACUCGAUCUCCAGAGCUCAUAAAAGGCCUUCCAUCGUAUUCGUGGGACCAUGAUCGGGUUUAUUGGCACGAAUCUCGAUCAUCUACCGCAAUACGCACUGAAAAGGAACCAUUCCACCCCCUAUUGGGUGUCAAAUGCCCCGAUGGGACAGACAAUGAGUUACGCUGGCGCAACUAUCUUCACCCUAGGGAGGUUCCAUGGCUGGCACAUCACCAGGUCCAAGGCCAAAUGGUAUUCCCUGCAGCUGGUUAUAUAUCGGCGGCGGUUGAGUGUAUCAUUCAAAAGUAUGGCCUGGGUUCUGUGCAACUGAUCGACUUCCAUGAUGUGGUCAUCGGACAGGCAUUGGUAUUGGAAGAGAACGGGGGAGUGGAAACGAUUUUCAGACUUUCCAUCGACCAAGUCCAGGCCGAUUGCGUGUCUGCGUCCUUUGCCUGUCAUUCUGACGCUAAUAAGGGGUCAUCCAACAUGUCUCUUCACGCAUCUGCCGCCAUACAAAUUAUUUUGGGUGACCCCAAGCACGAUAUCCUCCCACCACACGCCCACCCGCAAGGCUCAUUCCUGGAUCUGGAAGCAGACCGAUUCUACAAUUCAGUUUCAGAGCUUGGGUUUGGCUAUACCGGCCCCUUCCAGGCCCUUUUCAACUUGCGCAGAAAAAUGGACGAGGCAUCGGGUUUGAUUGCUGUCCCGGUGGAUUCCAAAACUGAAAGACCGUUGAUCAUUCACCCAGCCUCUCUUGACGGAGCUAUUCAGUCCAUCAUGCUUGCUUAUUCCUUUCCAGGUGAUGGACGCUUGCGCACCCUUUACCUUCCCACUCGAAUUGACAGGCUUCGCCUCAAUCCAACCGCCUGUGUCGCUCUUGGUGCUUGUGGUACAGAUUUGCCCUUUUAUUCUGCGGUCACGGAUGCCCGCUUUGCUGAACUCUCUGGCGAUGUUGAUAUAUUUUCAGCAGACGGGAGACAUACUUUGGUUCAACUGGAAGGGCUUCAUACCACACCCUUGAGUCCAUUGACAUCAUCAAAUGAUGUUCCCUUUUUCACGGAAGUGGUAUGGGAUGUUGAUAGACCCACCUUGCGACAACUUAAGAAAGCUGAAGGCAUGCUUCCCCAAGAGGGUUCCCUAGGCGUGGAUCUCGAGCGCGUGGCACAUUUCUACUUGAAAAAACUUGAAAAUUCGCUCCAGGACUUCGAUCAUGCAAAUGCAACUUGGGACCAUACACGUUUUCUCUCAUAUGUGGAGCAUUGUACAACCUCUGUUGCUAAUGGAAAACAUAAAUUCGCAAAGGCGGAAUGGGCCAAUGACACCAUGGACGAUGUUGCUCCAAUUCUGAAUCGUCAUUCCGACUGCAUCGACAUCAAAGCACUGUGUUCCGUUGGGGAGAACCUUCCUGCUGUCAUUCGCGGAGAUCAGAAUUUACUUGAAAUCCUGAUGCGCGACAAUAUGCUAGCGGAAUUUUACGCCAAAACACUUGGAAUAGACGCAUACUUGGAAACCAUCGCACAGACGGCUCGUCAGAUCGGCCAUAGAUACCCCCAUGUCAAUGUUUUGGAGAUUGGAGCUGGCGCCGGCGCUACUUCGGAACGAGUCCUUCGUGCAAUGGGCUCCUCAUUUACAUCAUACACAUAUACCGAUAUUUUGGACUCACAGUUCGAUAACGCGCGUGAAAGAUUCUCGGAUUACCAAUCUAGAAUGGCAUUCAAGUUGUUGGACAUCGAGAAAGACAUCGGGGAACAAGACUAUGAAGAGGGUUGUUUUGACCUUGUCAUUGCUCCUCUAGCCCUGUAUGCCACCAGAAAUCUUGAGUCAACCCUCACAAAUGUUCGACGGCUACUAAAGCCUGGUGGGUACCUGGUUAUGCUCGAACUCACCGACUCGGAUGUCAUGCGCUUCGGGUUGAUUUUUGGUGGCCUACCAGGCUGGUGGUUAGGCUACAAGGAGGGACGAACCUUAUCCCCUUGUAUAUCGGAGGAGAAAUGGGAAGGAUUGAUGCAAAAAACAGGAUUUUCUGGUUUCGAAGCCUUGUUGUCAUCUUCCAGAACCUCGCCUCUGCCAUUCUCCGUCAUGAUUACCCAAGCUGUCGAUCACCGCGUCAAUUUUCUUCGUGAUCCCCUAGCAGCGAAUCAUACACCACUAGGUGUGAACUCGUUGACAAUCAUCGGAGGGAAAACAUCCUUGACUGCUGAUAUCGUAGCCGAUAUGAAGACUGCGGUCCGUCCCCACUACAGCAAUAUCUACACAGCUGGCUCUUUAGAUGACCUCGUCUCGGCAAAUCUUCCCGUAAUGGGGUCAGUGAUUAGUCUGAUUGAAUUGGAUGGGCCUGUUCUCAGGCACAUGUCUCCUAAUAAUCUGAGGUCAUUCCAAGAGCUCUUCAAACAAAGCAAGAAUGUUCUGUGGGUGGGACACGGUGCCCAGGGAGAGAAUCCCUAUGGCAACAUGUUCACAGGAGUUCAACGCACAUUGGCCAUGGAGAUGACUCACCUCCAUAUCCAUUUCCUGAACCUCCGUUCGCUUUAUGACGCUGAUUCCAAUAUUAUCGCUACAAAGCUGCUCCAUUUGGAAGCCGCCGAAAUUUGGGAUCAGAGUGGCCAGCUCGAUGGGAUGUUGUGGUCCAACGAGAGGGAGCUGCUGCUAGAGAAUGGGAAUUUCAAAGUUCCUCGAUUCCGCCUGAACUCUGGUCGGAACGAUCGAUACAAUUCCUCAAGGCGUCUUAUUAUUAAAGAGGUUGAACGUAAAAAAUCCGUGGUGACCAUCCGACCAACUGAAAUUGGAUAUCAAAUUGAAGAAAAGGACCCUCAAGACUCGCCCUCUUUCCCGGAUGAUGUGCAUAUUGAUGUGGCUCACUCUUUCCUCCGUGCCGUCCGCAUCACUCCAACGGACAAUUAUUUCUUGCUGGUUGGGAAGAAUAAGUGGAAUGGUGAGCGUGUGGUCGCUCUGUCGCAUACUCUGGACUCUCAAGUUCGUGUGCCACAUGGCCUGACGGUGCGAUGUGGAGAUUCCGAAGAGCUAGGAAUUCGAUCGAUACUCACCCUCUAUUCCCAUUUCCUUGCUCUCUCUAUGCUCCAACAGCUUCAACCAGGAACAAUAUUGGCCGUGUUAGACCCUGGCUUCUCGCUAGCACCAGUCCUUACGAAAUACGCAGCAGAAAAGGGUGUGCAACUUGUCCUUUUGACAACAAAGGAAGGACAUUGCUCAUGGCCAUGGAUCCGAAUCCACCCAAACUCCACCCGGCGUGAAGUAUUAAGUAAGCUACCUGGCAAUAUUUCACGCCUUGUCAAUAUGAGUGGCAGCUCUGAUGUGACUACUCUCCUGAGGACAUGCUUGCGGACAGACUGUCAUUUUGAGAGCGAGAGCACUUUGACUGCAAACAUCUCUCAAUCUCAGUACACCUCAGAUACAGGCCAAUUGGCUAUGCAGCUGCAGAAUACCUGGGCGAGAGCACAAUACGACCUGAUGCCAGUUAAUAUGCACAAGUUUGUUCCUCUAGGACUUGAGGACCUGAUUCGCGCACAAUCUCCGCUUGCGGGCCAGUCUUUAAUUGCAUGGGGUCAAUCGCAGCUUGCUGUCCAAGUUCGCCCUGCUACCAAAGCUGUCAAAUUCUCAAAGGACAAAACUUACUGGCUAGUUGGACUAACAGGCGGGCUCGGUUUGUCGCUUUGCCAGUGGAUGAUCGGACAGGGGGCACGAUACAUCGCGCUAUCAAGUCGAAACCCAAAGAUCGAUGACCAAUGGCUGCAGAGAAUGGCUGCGAAUGGAUGCACUGUCCGAGUAUUCUCCAAUGACAUAACGAAUCGGGAAUCUGUUCAAGCAACCCAUCGUAACAUCAGCGAAACCAUGCCUCCUAUCGCGGGUGUUGCACAAGGUGCGAUGGUGCUCCAGGACACAAUGUUCAUUGAUUUAGAUCUCCCUCGCCUUGAGAAGGUUCUCCGUCCUAAAGUUGAAGGUAGUAUAUUACUGGACGAAUUGUUCCCAGAGGACACGUUGGAAUUUAUGGUUUUCUUCUCGUCGAUGGCUGCGAUGACGGGAAACCCUGGCCAGGUUGCCUAUAAUGCCGCGAAUAUGUUUAUGGCGAGUCUGGCAGCCCAACGCCGAAACCGUGGAUUGGCAGCACAUGCGAUCAACAUCGGCGCGAUUGUCGGUAACGGCUACGUUACACGAGAGCUGAACAUGGGCCAGCAAUCAUACCUUUACCGAGUCGGGCAUUCAUGGAUGUCUGAACAAGACUUCCAUGAGGUGUUUGCCGAAGGUGUACUUUCUUGUAGGGAGCGUGUCGGGAGCGCUGAGUUAUGCUGUGGACUCAGAAUUGACGAUGAUGAGUCGAAGAGUUGGGUUUCUAACCCAAUUUUUCAACAUCUGGUCUACAAGUCUAGCAAACUUGUGGUGACAGACAAGAAAGGGAAAUCUGGCGUGUUGAUAAAAACACGCUUAUUCGAGGCAACUUCAAACCAGGAAGUCAUCGAGAUCUUGCAAGAUAGCUUUGUUUUGAAGCUCCAGUCCGCCCUUCAGGCUGAUCCCAACAAGCCUAUGUUGGACAUGAGUCCGGAUGAGCUUGGUGUCGAUUCAUUGGUCGCUGUUGACCUUCGAUCGUGGUUCCUCAAGGAGCUGGGGGUGGAUAUGCCGGUGCUGAAAAUCUUUAACGCGGCGUCAAUUCGUGAGCUUUUGGCCACUGCUGCAGAAGUUCUGCCAGAAUCUUUGAUCCCCAAUGUGAUGGCAGAACAGGCUGUAAAGUCACAGGCGCACCAGCCUAACCCUUCAACACCUUCCCCCACUUUGCCCGUGGAUAAAAUAGUUCCAGAUACCAGAGCAAGGUCUAUGGAGUCAAAUUUUGCACUUCCUGAUGCAACGAAUGCGUACAGUGGCAGCUCGGCGACGUCGUUAUUUACCGGAGACUCGAAUUCCGAAGACAAUGAUGACACUUCAUCAUCCGUUUUUACUGACAGCAGCAAAGUGGGACCCCCAAAACGUGAAAUCCAAAGGACUCUGCCGAUGUCCUAUGGUCAGUCGCGUUUCUGGUUCCUAGAGCAUCUUGUUGAGGACAAAACUGCAUUUAAUAUUACACCGACAUUUGAGUUGUCUGGUCGCCUGAGAAUUCAAGAAUUUGCAAAUGCCGUAAAAGCCACAGGACAACACCACGAAGCCCUGCGUACAUUUUUUUUCACUGACAAUGAACGGAACCAUAUCCAAGGCGUUUGGACGAAAUCUUCGUUACAGUUGGAGCAUGUUGCAAUCUCCGACAAGGCAGAAGUUGAAGAGGCCGAGAAACAGAUGAAGGCGCACGUGUUCAACCUCUCUGAUGGCGAGGUCAUGCGUGUUCAGCUGCUUUCGCUUGACCUAGAAAAGCACUGGAUAAUCUUCGGCUUUCAUCACAUCAACAUGGAUGGUAUUAGCUUCGAAGUAUUUUGGUCAGAUGUGGAAAAGGCAUAUCAAGGCCAACCCCUUUCUGAAGAUGGACUUCAAUAUCCAGACUUUACUAUGCGGCAGCUUCGUGAAUACGAAGAGGGCACCUGGGCUGGAGAUAUCGCUUACUGGCGAGCCCAGUAUACAGAGAUUCCACCCACAAUUCCCCUUCUUCCAUUUGCUCUACAACCCAUGCGCCCUAAGGUUGCUCAAUUUCGUUCCCAUACUGCACAUAUUCGUCUCGAUGUCAGUUUAUCGGAUUCAAUUGACCGGUGUUGCCGGAUGUUCAAAUCAACACCCUUCCACUUCCAUUUGGCAGUCUGGAAGACCCUUCUUCUACGGUUUUUUGAUGUGAAGGAAGUUUGCAUCGGCCUCGGAGAUGGAAACCGUACGGAUGCCGACAUACUACGGAGCGUGGGACUUUUCUUGAACCUCCUUCCUGUGAGGUUCUCUCAACAGCCAGGCCAAUCUUUCGGAGAAUCUCUCAAAGAGGUCAGGAACAUCACACAGGGUGCGUUUUCCCACUCGCGUGUGCCGUUUGAUGUUAUCUUGACAGAACUCAACGUUCCACGAUCCGCAUCUCAUAAUCCUCUGUGCCAAACCCUCUUCAACUAUCGACCCAAGGUCGAGCAAUCACGAAGCUUUUGUGGUUGUGUAGCCGAUGGCGCACUUUUGGGCGGCGGCGAAACUUCUUUCGAUCUCGGUCUAGAUGUUGGCAAUGUCGGUGCCGGCGAGACGCUAAUUCACCUGUCUGCCCAGACUAGCUUGUAUGGAAUGGAGCAUGCAGAAAUCCUGGUCAGUUCCUAUGUCAAUAUCCUUCGUUCUUUCCUCCAGAAUCCAGCAACCCGGGUGACCUGGCCGAAAUUACAUUCGAAAGAUGACAUUCAAGAGGCAGUGAUUGCGGGCCGAGGACCCGAGCUGCGAGAUGAAUGGCCUGUGACUAUCGUCCAUCGCCUGGAUGAGGUUGCCUCGCGUUAUCCAGACCGUGUCGCAUUGAGGAACCACGAUGGAAACUCCUUGACCUAUAGUGAAGUCCAGCGUCGGAUCGAUGUUAUUGCCAACGAACUCCUACGCAACGAAGUUGGCUCAGGCACCCGUGUUGGUAUUUUACAGUCUCCAAGUGCAGACUGGAUAUGUUCUCUCAUGGCCAUUUUGCGUGUCGGUGGUGUUUACAUUCCAUUGGACACAAAGGUGGGGAUGAACAGACUCGCAAUGAUCAUGAAAGAAACACAAGCACCGAUGGUAUUGGUUGAUACAAAAUCUAUGCCUGACUAUACGCUUCUGCAUACGACGGCAAAACCUAUCGACGUAUGUAGCCUAAACGCCUCUACUGCACGCCCCAUCCGAAACAUGGCUGUCCCAAGUCAGACAGCGGUGAUCAUGUAUACCAGCGGAUCAACCGGUGUCCCAAAGGGAAUUAUGAUUGCGCAUUCAGCAUAUGUUCACCACGUUCAGUCAUCCAGUGUCGUCUGGGAACUUAAGCAGGGGAAUGAGACCAUCCUGCAUCAAUCAUCAUAUGCUUGGGAUGCGUCUUUAUGGCAGAUCAUGGUCUCUCUAUGCUCUGCGGCGACCCUUGUGAUUGCAUCUGAUCUCACACGAGGGGAUCCCAUUGCUCUCACGCGACUCAUCGCAUCAGAGAAUGUGACGUGCACCCUUGCGACCCCCACCGAAUAUCUCGCUUGGUUGCGUUAUGGUCGCUCCCAUCUGAGUAACUCUCGCUUAUCAACCGCGGUAUGUGGUGGUGAAUUCAUGCCAAGUGGGUUGAUCAAAGAGAUCAAGAAUCUUCAUCGGCCAGACCUCAAACUGAUAAAUGCCUAUGGGCCGGCGGAAAUCAGUGUUGCAUGCUCAGCCAGUGAAGUUCCGUACGACCUGCUGGGUUCCACAUCAACAUCCCCUGCGCAAGCUCUUUAUACACUACCAAACUACUCCGUUUACAUUGUCGACCAAACCUUGAACCCUGUUCCCAUCGGAAUUCCUGGGGAAGUGGUCGUUGGUGGUGCAGGAGUUGCCCAGGGCUAUCUUGAUGGCACCAAAACAGCCGAACGAUUUUCAAGUGAUCGGUACGCAAGCAAAUUUUUCCAAGAGAAAGACUGGACAACAAUUCACCGCACUGGAGACCGCGGAAAGCUCAAUCGCGAUGGUGGUCUUAUUCUCCUCGGGCGCAUGGACGGGGAUAACCAAAUCAAAUUGAGGGGAAUUCGCAUCAAUAUCGAAGAGAUCGAGACGGCGAUCGUCAGUUCUUCAGCUGGAGCUAUCACACAAGCUGUGGUAUCGGUUCGUUUAGAUGCAAACCAAUCUGAGGGCGAUCAAUUUCUUGUUGCCUUUGUUAUAAUGGCUGCCACACACGAAUCUGAAAAUAUACUUCAAUUUCUCGCCCGCCUUCUCCAGGAGCUGCCAUUGCCACCUCAUAUGAAACCUGCUGCUAUCAUUCCAGUUGAAAGCAUUCCCCAAAAUACCUCGGGCAAGACUGAUCGCGUCGCAGUCAGCGCACUUUCCAUUCCAUUUAUUUCAUCCCAGCUGCCGGACAACAGCACCCUCACGGCAUUUGAACAAUCAUUGCGUCAGCUCUGGCGACAGGCACUACCACGCGAACUCAGCAGCUUUCACUCGAUUGAUUCAGAAUCUGACUUUUUCCACGUUGGUGGAAGCUCCCUCGCUCUUGUCAACCUGCAAGUUCUAAUCCAGGAGAAGUUCGGUACAUCUAUGGCAUUGUAUCAACUUUUCGAAGCCAGCAGUCUACGUGGAAUGGCGGCCAGAAUUCAAGAUAUAUCUCGCCCCGCACUCGAGCCGGAUGUGAAUUGGGAUGCGGAGAUUGAAGUCGCAACGGACCUCACUCCACCUCUGAAUUAUGAGAGCACCCAUAUUAUCGCCUCGGGGGUCAAGACAGUGGUACUCACUGGCGCAACGGGUUUCCUUGGCAAAGAAAUCCUCCGAGGUCUUAUACAUGAUGAAAACGUUUUGUCCGUUCAUUGUCUUGCUGUCAGAAAACGAUCAUCGGGUUUAUCUGAACUAUUUUCCCACCCGAAAGUUCACUUGCAUUACGGUGAUCUGGGGGCUCCUCAACUAGGACUAUCUGAAUCUGAGAUCAAAUCUAUAUUCUCCUGUGCAGACAUCGUUAUUCACAAUGGCGCGGAUGUGUCGUUCAUGAAAACAUAUCAGACUCUCAAGCUGAUCAAUGUGGCAUCGACGAAAGAAAUCGUCAAACUUGCAUUGCCCCGGCGUAUUCCAUUACAUUUUGUUUCGUCGGCUGGUGUUGCACGGCUUACUGGUCAAGAAAGCUUCGGCGAGAUGUCUGUAUCGUCAUAUCCUCCUCCAUCUCGACCAACAGAUGGAUACAUCGCUGCCAAGUGGGUGAGCGAAAUAUAUCUCGAGCACGUCAACCGUCGAUUUGGUCUGCCGGUAUGGAUACACCGCCCAUCGAGCAUCACCGGUACCGAUGCGCCGGAACUUGAUCUUAUGGGUAAUGUCAUGCGGUUCACCAAAGAAACCCAGAAAGUGCCAGACUCGAGCUCAUGGUCAGGAGUCUUCGAUCUGGUUUCCGUACAGUCGGCCGCACGCCAACUCCUCGAGGCCGUUUACCAAUCUGGUAUCGCCACUACGGAGGCUGUGACGUAUUUGUAUGAAUCUGGCGAGACGAAGAUUGGACGUGAUGAAAUCAUGCCCUUGAUGGAAUCGAGCUCGGGCCAACAGUUUCAGGUCGUUUCACUCGACGAGUGGGUGAAUGCUGCCGAACAAGCAGGAAUGAGUGUGUUGUUGGGAGAGUACUUGCGCAGAGCCUCCGAUGGGCAAGUCCUGCUCCCCAGGUUGAUUAAAAACAGUAGAUUUUCCGAGGAUGAAUGA